UACAGAACAUGCACCACGGGUGGUGAUCAAAGAAAUCUUCUCAAGCAUGUCUCUAUUGAAGGCAUACCAGGGCUUGUCCUCCAAAGCGAAGCUCGGCGUCGGCGUCGGCCUGCUAACUUGGGGGGUCAUUGGCCUGUACGUGUCCGAUCGUGCAGAGGAGAAGUUCGGCUUCACUCCGUCCGAGAAGGAUAAGGCCGAGCUCGAGAAGAUGAAGCCCAAGAUCCGUGUUGUUGAUCGGGAGGGUCGGUCAUGAAAACUCGAUGACGAGGAGGAACACGGGGGGGGGGGGGGGAGAGUCAACUCUGGCUCUCGCA